AUGAGGAUCCUAUCUUGGAACUGUCGGGGGCUUGGGAACAAACCGACAUUUCGAGUCUUGCAGAGACUCAUCCAUUCAGAAGGUCCAGAUGUGGUUUUCGUUACGGAGACCAGGUUACAUGAGGCCGAGAUGUUACGACAUUGUGGGAUUGGAGGACUUUCAAAUUUAUUUCCAGUAUUGUGUGCGAGAGGUGGGAGAGGAGGGGGUCUUUGCUUACUUUGGGGGACGGAUGUGAAGGGGAAGGUGAUUAAUGCAUCUCUAAACCACAUUUUGCUUACUUUAGCCGUUUAUGGAUUUCCAGAGGUGCAAAAUAAACAUCGAACGUGGGAGCUAAUCCGUAGGUUGAAGCCUUCGGACUUAGCCCCACUUUUUUGCAUUGGUGAUUUUAAUGACAUACUUUCCCCAGCUAAUAAGCUUGGUGGUGAUAUCCCGGAGAUGAGACAUUUGCAACUUGUUAAUCAAGCUUGCGUUGACUGUGAUCUUCAUGAUGUUGGUUUUUUAGGUGCUAGAUUCACUUGGACUAAUAACAGAGGGCGGCAAAAUUCAAUUCAGGAACAUUUGGAUUAUGCGCUAGUGAAUCAAGAGUGGGCGGCGAUGUGGCCUGUCAUGCAAGUUUCUCAUAUCAUAAAACAUAGGUCUGACCACAACCCCAUCCUGCUUAGUUUCCUUACUCGCAAAGGCCAUAGGGAGUUGAGGAGGACUCAUUUGUUUAUAUUUGAGGAGCUUUGGCUUCAGGAAGGUGAUGAAUGUGCUAAGAUUGUGGCGGAAACUUGGUGCCGGUCAAGAACUGAUUUCACCUAA